CAAACAGUUCAGUAGAAAGGAGAGGAGAAGAAAAGAAAGAGGAGAUGAGAGGUGUUUAAUAUGGCACUACUAUGCUGUAACCUCUGCUCAGUGACUGAGUAAACACCUGGAUGUAAAAAAGCUCCACUCACCUGCGCUAACUUCCACUCUCCACUCUUUGCUGACCAGUCCGAUGGCAAAGCAUGACCCGAACGAGGCCCCUCCUCCUUACUACUCUGUUGGCUUGCACACCCAGCCCCCCCUCAAGACCUAUGAGGAGGUGGUGUAUGGAGUGGGUCCAGGCCUGACACCCUAUACCCAUCCACAUUACAUUCCCCAGUAUACGCCACCUGUGGUUGCUCCCCAAGUUACACGGUCAAGCGCACCCCCCAGCAGUAGGUCGAAGAGAAGAUGCUGUGGGAGUAAUGCCCAGUGUUAUGGAGGGUCAGGGGGAACAUUACUGGUGCUCGGUCUGCUGGCACUGGCCAUCUGGCUUGGAGUUCGCUAUGGCACCCGCUUAGUGACAACAGCAAUCCUCUACAACAAGCACGAUACGGUUGAAAAUGAAGAUCCAUCUUUGCCAGUACCUGACACCUGCCCCAACAAUACUGUCCAAUGUGAUGCAAUAAGGGACUGCCAACUGGGCACUGAUGAAACAAACUGUGUGAGGUUUGACAAGAACAGAGGUCUGCAGGUGAAGACAGCUCCAGAAAGCAGCUUCCUACCAGUGUGCUACCAAAACUGGGAUCAGAGCUACGCUGACCAGACCUGCGCUCAGCUAGGAUUCAGAAGGUCCUAUGACACCAAGGCAAUUCGGACCCAGCAGUCCGGACCUGGUUUAACUCUGAACAGCAGAUCAUCUUCAUUUAUCCAGGGUCAGGUACAUGUCAGCUCAUCUUGUCCAAACCAGGAGAUCGUCUCCCUGCAGUGUGUGGACUGUGGUCGGCAGCAGUCUACAUCCCGUAUCAUUGGGGGUAGCAUAGCUAAGACGGGUCAGUGGCCUUGGCAGUUGUCGCUGCACUACAGAGGAUCCCACGUCUGCGGAGGAGUCUUGAUCACUCCUGAUUUUGUGGUGACCGCUGCCCACUGUUUCCAAAGAAGCAACCCUUCAACUCUCUUGGCGUCAAACUGGAGAGUGUACGGUGGAGUUGUGUCUCUGAACAACCUACCUCAGCCCUACCUGGUUAAGAAGAUCAUACUCCAUGAGAAUUACGACACCAAGACCAAUGACUUGGAUGUCGCUGUGCUCAAACUUAAAUCUCCAGUUGCUUUCAAUGAUAAAGUCCAGCCAGCAUGCCUGCCAGCUUUCGAUCAACAAUUUCGCCCUGGAUACAAAUGCUGGACCUCAGGUUUUGGCACCACUAAUGCAGGAUCAAACGCUGUCUCCAAUGAUCUGAUGGAAGUGACAGUGGACAUCAUUGGUACACAGUCAUGUAACAGCCGUGCUGUGUAUGGAGGCAGCGUGACCAGGAACAUGCUCUGUGCCGGUGACCUGAACGGAGGCAAAGACUCCUGUCAGGGAGACAGUGGUGGACCUCUGAUGUGUCAGGACAGGAACCGUUGGUACCUGGUGGGAAUCACCAGCUGGGGAAGAGGCUGUGGUUUAAGAAACAAGCCUGGCGUUUACACCAAUGUCAAAAGUGUUCUUCCCUGGAUCUACAGCACUAUGCAGCAAGAGACACUGUGAUGUCGUUUUACCGCCUGGUGAUUUCCUGCCCUCUCCUUCCCAAUGAACUCUGCACUAUGAAGUAGAGAGAUGGAUGGAUUUUCAAAUAGAAGGAUAAACUGAUGAGGGGAUUCUUUAGACAGAAAGACAGGUGCAUAAAUGUUUUCUUGCUCAGCAGAGACACUGAAAUCGGACAAGCUGAUCUUACUUAAAAGAAUCAUGGAAACCUAUUGCCUUGAAAAAAGU